AGAAGGCGUGCGCGGUGAGGGCGGAGGGUGGCCUUCGUGAAGGGAGCCCCGGGUCUCUUUAUUGUAACGUUUUUCAUAUAUUUGUCUCUCGCUUUGCCUCUGGGCCCUACCAUGUUCCUCGCCCACACAACAGCCCUGCCCAUGAAGAAGGCAAGCAACCAGUUUUCAAGGCAGGCAGGUGAGACAAUACAGCAAAAUAGGCCCACUUCAGAAAGAAAUAAUGCUGGGUUUUGAUUGUGCCAUUCAGUCGAAAUUAUGGGAUUAUUUGACAAGCUGGCAGGCUGGCUUGGCCUGAAGAAGAAGGAGGUUCAUGUUUUGUGCCUUGGACUGGAUAAUAGUGGCAAAACAACAAUUAUCAACAAACUGAAACCAUCUAAUGCUCAAGCUCAAGAUAUUGUUCCCACAAUAGGAUUUAGUAUAGAAAAAUUCAAGACCUCAAGUUUGUCAUUCACUGUGUUUGAUAUGUCGGGUCAAGGUAGAUACAGAAAUCUUUGGGAGCACUACUACAAGGAUUGCCAAGCUAUUAUUUUUGUUAUUGAUAGCAGUGACAAACUAAGAAUGGUUGUGGCCAAAGAAGAACUUGACACACUCAUGAAUCAUCCAGAUCUUAAACAUAGACGAAUACCAAUUUUGUUCUUUGCAAACAAGAUGGACCUUAGAGACGCUGUGUCAUCUGUAAAAGUCUCCCACUUACUGUCCUUGGAGGACAUCAAAGACAAGCCAUGGCAUAUCUGUGCUAGUGAUGCUAUUAAGGGAGAAGGAUUGCAAGAAGGUGUAGACUGGCUUCAAGAUCAAAUUCAAUUAAUGAAGACAUGAAAAACCAAUGAGCUAUGAAAAUGUCAUAAAGAUUAUUUAUAGAUGUAACUGAAGAGCAUUGAAGAUAAAGGACUUUUUAGGUCUGUUUGUUCUCUCUCCCUGCCCCCUUUUUUUGGCUUUUAUAAAAUCCCAUUGGGAUUUUUUUUGUAACAAAACAUAGCUCACAUGCACAUUCAUGUUAUGGACCAAAAAUGUAGGUGUGGUUGGAACAGUUCAAUCAUUGUAUGAAAAGACCAGUGUGCUUUGAGUUAUGGGCUUUGUGUUGUCUCCCCUCUGCCCCCCUCCCAUGUGUCCUAUUAAAAAAACUGCCCAUUUGUGAUAAACACAUUGAGAUAAACUAUGGUAUAGCAGCAUGUCCACAAUGAAGAAGUGGCUGCCAGAAACCUUAGGCACACAUGUUCCUCUGCAAAGCUGUAAGGGGCAACAUUGGUAGCUCUUUUUCUGAUCUAAGCCUUGGCUUUUCAUAUCACUCAAGCCAGGGAUUGUACUUUAUAACAAACUCACAUUCUCAGAAUAAGACAACUUCAAAUUGUGAAGCAGUCUUUUAAACUAAUCAAAGCUUGUUUUAAGUCAAAAUUUCUUAUCUAGUUGACACAGCAAUUUUAUUGGGGGGGGGGCACCUAAAAGCAGCCCAGUGUAUUCAUGGUUUCAUAGGAUGAGUAACACCAACCAAGGCUUACACCAGCAUCUUCUUUAUCAUACUCAGCUUCCUAAACUGUGAUUUAAUAUUUAUCUGCAAAUUAGUCUCUUUUACCAGAAUUUGCUGUGGACCUUUGGCAAAAGUCAAUUGAAUUGUUUUAAAUGGAAAAUAGCUAUAAAAUUAAAAUUUUUCAUAUCUUUUAAGUUAAAUAUGGAUUCUGGUUUAUAAGCCAUUAUGGAUGUUUAUAAUUUUCUGUUGGUAUGUUCUCAAAUUAUAGUGUGUUCUGUAAUAACUGAAACAAUAUUUUGAUAAAUAAAAUAGUAUAUGGUUAA